AGUCCAUUUCAGUAUAACCCACAAUGCCAGAACCAAAAAAUUCUUAGAGAGAGCAAUAAGAAAUCCAGAUGGAAAAGAACUAGCCACUGAAGAAUACAUGCAUAUAUAUUAAAUACCCGCAAAUACAAGUGUUUAUAUAUAUAUAUUUUAUGUAGCAUCAUCAGUCAAGUGAUAUCCCUUUUACAAUCUAAGGGACACAGCUUUUAUUUGGCUAGUCGGUAUCUCUCCCUGGAUAUAUUAUUCUUUAAUAUAUUGACGUACUUGUCGCCAUGUUGGAGGGUCCAUCAUUUCUCGUUGCACGGGAUUUGCCUAGUGCCUAUGAGCAAGAGAGCAAGUGGAUUUAUAAUACUUAUAAUGUCAUCGAACUGUCGAAGGGAAAGCGCCGUUUAGAGGAUGCAGAAGAGAUUGGGUCAACAAAGUCAUCCAAGCCUCUAGAUCCUGUAGAGAAGGAAGAUUCCAUUUUGAGUCAGCCAUCAGAUAAUCAGGGCACUGAAGGGGAUCAUACGGGUUCGGGUUCGGGUUCACUCAUCGGCCAAGUCGGCAAAGACCUUUCGAUCAGUUGUCUGAUUCGUUGCUCGAGGGCUGAUUAUGGAUCCAUUGCCUCGUUGAAUCGGGACUUUAGAUCUCUAAUUCGUAGUGGGGAGCUUUACAGGUUGAGGAGGCAUAUGGGUAUCACUGAACAUUGGGUUUACUUCUCGUGCAGCCUUCUUGAGUGGGAGGCCUUUGAUCCGAUCCACCGCAGAUGGAUGCAUUUGCCUAGGAUGAUGUCAAAUGACUGCUUCAUGUGCUCUGAUAAGGAAUCAUUGGCUGUAGGUACGGAACUUCUUGUAUUUGGAAAGGAAAUAUUGUCAUAUGUUACCUAUAAAUACAGCAUAUUGACCAACUCAUGGUCACCUGGCGUGAAGACAAACACACCUCGAUGCCUCUUUGGUUCUGCUAGUCUUGGGGAAAUUGCAAUUGUGGCUGGUGGUUGUGAUUCACAGGGAAAUAUACUGAGCUCAGCCGAGCUAUAUAAUUCUGAGACAGGAACUUGGGUAAUCCUCCCGAGCAUGAAUAAAGCAAGGAAAUUAUGUUCAGGGGUAUUUAUGGAAGGGAAAUUUUAUGUUGUUGGAGGGGUUGGAGUUGGUAGUUCGGGCAUGCUCACUAGUGGGGAGGUUUAUGAUCUGAAAACAAGGACUUGGCACGAGAUUCCUGAUAUGUUCCCAGCACUCAACGGAGGGUCGGAGGACAAUAAUACGCCUGCAACAUCCAAGGCUCCACCUUUGCUUGCUGUCGUUAAGAAUGAGUUAUAUGCAGCUUAUUAUGCCAGAAUGGAAGUAUUGAAGUAUGACAAAAAGAGGAACUUGUGGGAUACUAUUGGCAAAUUGCCUGAGCAGGCAAGCUCAAUGAACGGCUGGGGACUAGCAUUUCGGUCUUGUGGAGACCAGCUUAUUGUAAUUGGUGGGCCAAGAUCCUAUCAUCGAGGGUUCAUUGAGAUCAAUUCUUGGGAUCCUGAUGAUGGUCCUCCCCGUUGGAACUUGCUGGGCCACAAACAAUCUGGAAGUUUUGUCUAUAACUGUGCUGUUAUGAGUUGCUGAAGUAUCUGGUUCCAAAUAUGGAUUUACAGAAAUUCCAAACUUUGUUUUAUUCUCUUAGUUUGUUUCAAUUUGUGUCUGCACCAACUUUUUUAGUUAAGCAAAAAAAUACAGCUUCAAUAAUUGGGAAGGGUUGGGUAUAGUUUGCAAUUUGGUAAGGAAAUUGCUAUACUUAUACAAGAACAUAAAUGAAAUUUGUGUUGCAAACUGUUAAUUCUCUUGUCCUUUAUUUUUC